AUGAAGUUUUCUUAUAAGUUUUCCAACCUUUGCGGAACUGUUUAUAAGCGUGGCAAUAUCCUUUUCACGCCUAACGAAUGCCUGUUGAGUCCAGUUGGAAAUAGGAUUACCAUUUUUGAUCUUAAGAAUCAUAAAUCGCAGACUUUGCCAUUCGAAAAUGUCAAAAAUAUUUCAAGAAUUGCUUUAUCUCCAAAUGGUUUACUAAUAAUAACGGUGGAUCAAGAUGGAAAGGCCCUACUGGCUAAUAUGCAAACCAAGACUGUAUUUCACAGAUUCAACUUUAAAUCUAAAGUCUAUGAUAUCAAAUUCAGUCCAGAUGGGAAAUAUAUUGCUGUAACACAUCAAAAACAUGUAGAAGUUUGGUUAGCUCCAGCACACGAUGAGAAAAAAUUUCAGCCAUUAAUUCGCCAUCGAACUUAUACAGGACAUUACGAUAACACUCUGUGCAUCGACUGGAGCUGGGAUUCAAGAUUUUUCGUUAUUGGAUCGGAAGAUAUGACUUCGCGCGUAUAUUCAACUAAUCCAAUGGAAGAUUUUGCACCAGUGACGCUACCGGGGCAUAAAAGUGCGAUAGUAUUGAGCUGUUUCACUGAGAAAAGCCUAAAUAUCUAUACUGUGAGCAAAGACGGUGCCUUAUUCAUUUGGCAUUCAGUUAUAAUGGCUGCAAGUGAUAUUGCAGAUGGUGCACCCCCUAAUUCAGAAGAUACAGACAGUAGGAAAAAGAAACCUAAAAGAGGCUUAUAUAAAUGGACAAAAAAUGCAAAGCAUUACUUCAAUCAAGAUCGUGCCGAAGUAACAUGUGCUACUUUACAUAAGAGAGACAAUAUGCUAAUCGUUGGCUUUAAUACCGGAGUAUUUACUCUCUAUGAAGUCCCUGACUUCAAUCUUAUUCACUCCUUGAGCAUAUCUCAACAGAAAAUUACUACUGUUGCUAUUAAUGAAACUGGAGAAUGGUUGGGGUUUGGUUGUGCUGGAAUGGGACAGCUAUUAGUAUGGGAAUGGCAAAGUCAGACAUAUAUUUUAAAGCAACAAGGCCAUUACUAUGAUAUGAAUGUAUUAUCUUAUUCUCCGGAUGGACAGAUAAUUGCUACAGGAGGAGAUGAUGGCAAGGUCAAAUUAUGGAAUACAUCUUCUGGAUUCUGCUUUGUUACCUUUAGCGAACAUAAUUCAAGCAUAACUGGACUUGCAUUCAAGUCCAAUGGUCAAGUAGUUGUUUCAGCUUCUUUAGAUGGAACGGUACGAGCAUUCGACUUGAUACGCUACCGAAACUUUAGAACGUUUGUUUCGCCAUUUCCAACUCAAUUUUCAUGUCUUGGCUUAGAUGGUGAUGAAAUUAUAGCUGCUGGCUCGCAUAAUCAUUUUGAUAUUUACGUAUGGUCAAUGCAGACUGGUAAACUAUUGGAGAUUUUAAAAGGUCACGAAGGCCCAGUUUCGUCCUUAACAUUUAGUAAAGAUGUCACAUUACUAGCCUCUUCUUCUUGGGAUAUGACCGUUCGAUUAUGGAAAAUAUACGAGAAAAAUACUGCUGUGGAAUGUUUACAGUUCAAUUCGAUCGCAACUUUUACAAUCUUCAGCCCCAGUGGUAAAGAAUUAGCAGUGGCGACAUAUAAUGGCGAAUUAUCAUUUUGGAAUAGUAUAGAUGCAAUGCAAACCCGAUCAAUCGAUGCCAAAGCGGACUUAGGUGGAGGUAGAAGUUCACAGGAUAUUAUAACAGCUAAGAAGUCAGCGGAAGGAAAAUGCUUUAAUUGUCUUUGCUAUUCUGCGGAUGGUGAAUAUGUCCUAGCAGGUGGUAGAUCGAAGCGUAUUUGUAUUUAUAAUAUUAACCAACAGGUUUUGUUGAAAGCUUUCGAAGUAUCACGUAAUCUAUCUUUGGAUGGUAUUCAGGAAUUUUUGAAUAGCCGUUUGAUGACAGAGGCAGGACCAUUAGAUCAGCUAGAUUUAAGUGAUGAUAGUGAUAAGGAAGACAUUACAUUACCUGGUGUCACUAAAGGUGAUAUGAGUUCCAGAAAAGUAAGACCUGAAAUACGAGUGAAAAGUUUACAGUUUAGCCCAUCUGGCCAUUCAUUUGCUGCUGCAACAACCGAAGGUCUGAUGAUUUAUUCACUGGAUUCGUCAUUAACCUUUGACCCGUAUGAUUUAAGUAUCGAUGUUACCCCUGAAACUAUUCGACAGAAUUUGCAAGAUGGCAAUUAUCUUGCUUCGGUAAUGUUAGCUUUCAGAUUAAAUGAAGUUGCUAUCAUUCGUGAAAUUAUUGAAAAUAUCAAGCCUGACAGCAUUGAUUUGGUUUGCCAGUACUUACCAUUGGUCUACGUAGAAAAAAUUCUUCAAUUUGUUGCGUUCGAGUUAGAAACAUCACGUCACCUAGAAUUCUAUCUCAUCUGGUCUAAUCGAUUGUUAAUGCAUCACGGUACUGCUCUGAAACAGAAAUCGGGAGAUAUUAUGCCAAUUUUGAUUUCACUACAAAAGAGUAUUAAGGACAAGAAAAAUGAUCUAUCAAAAUUGUAA